AUGGCCGAGGCCGUCAUGAGACGGAGGCGGCGAGGCGAGGAGAAUGGGUACAUGUCGCCCACCUCGGACGGCGAGGACAGCCCACGGGAGUGGCGGCGACGCAAUCCGCUCGCCCCCUUCUUCAAACGCCCCAGGCGCCCAUCCCUCCCCGAAGGGGCUCGCGCCAUACCCGAGGGCGCGCGCAACUUCGUCCGCGCCAAGCUCACCGGCGACCCGCGGGUUCGCGUGCGGGACUACGUCAAGAUGCCCAGAACGAUCCAGACCAUAGAUAAGGUGUCCUUCACGCUCGGCGUCGUCGGCCUCAUGCUCACCCAGUUUGUCGCGACGGAGCACCCGGAGUACUUCUGGUUCUAUUACCUCUGCAGCGCGCCGUUGGUGUUCAUAUACCGCAUCAUCAUGUACAGGAUGAUCAAGUACCACUAUUUCCUCAUAGACUUUUGCUACUACGCCAACCUCGCGUGCUUCGUUCACAUACUGGGCGCGCCGACGAGUGGACGACUGUUCCGGUCCGUGUUUGCGUACAGCAACGGCCCGAUACUCUGGGCCAUACCCCUGUGGCGCAACUCGCUAGUGUUUCACUCGCACGACAAGGUGCAGAGCGUGUUCAUCCACACCGCGCCCGCGAUAUUGACGUGGUGCACCAGGUGGUACGGACAGGGCGACCUGACCUGGUCGUGGUGGGGGCUCGGCGACGCCACCGGCUGGCUGUUCGCCGCGAGGGAGGGGGACCACGGGCAGGCGGUGGCGCCGGGUUUGAUGUACGCGGACGUCGCCGCGGUGCACAGGGCGCCGAACCGUCUGACCGUGGAGCAGCUCACGAUGUCGUACGACGUCGUGGACGUCGUUCGGGAGUUUUACGUGUACCCAGUGGUCGGCUACCUGAUCUGGCAAGUGAUCUACCUGGUCAUCACCGAACUGUUCUACGUGAAGCGCCUGGACAACGACCCCGAGCUGGUGACCUCCCUGCGGUGGCUCGCGAACGACUACAAGGCACCUGUGACGCGGUGGGCGCUGCGCACGUCCAGACGCGUGGGUCUCUUCGCGCAAGACGAGCUCUUCGAUCACAACUCGCUCAAGACGAAGUUUGUCUUUGUCAGCCUCCAGCUCGUCUACACCAUGGUGACCUUCCUCCCGAUACCCAUGUGCUACGCAUCCAAGGCUGUGCACACGACGGUGAUGCUUCUGGUGUUCCUAUCCUGCAUUUGGAACGGGGCCGAGUAUUACAUCGAUAUUUUCAGCCGGAGAUACGCCAAGAAGUUCGACGACGGUACCUUCAUGGGCUCCGUUCGCGACGACGACAACGCCGACGCGGCCGUCGCGGAGGCUGUGCUGGCGGCGGGCUCCGGGGACCUCGCGAGACGGUCGGGGGGCGGGGACCUCGCCAGACGGUCGGGGGGCGGGGACCUCGCCAGACGGUCGGGCGGGCCGCAGAAAUCGCUGCGUUGACGAGACGACAAAGGAACCUUACGGAAAUAUUUUUUGUAAAACUGUACGAGUACGACGACGAC